CACACCUCCGGUUGACCAAGCCGAACUAAAUUAUCACUCACGAUCAUUGAACAAUUUGGAAGAUCCGAUGCUGACCUCACUGCCUGUGGAACUUAUUUUUAAGAUCUUUUCUGUGCUAGACUGGAGAACACUAUUGGUUUGUAGGGAGAUUUGCAGGCUCUUCCGCUCAAUAGCAGAAGGAGAUAGAGCCCAAUAUGACAUCGAGCUUGCUGUGUCUGGAAUGAUGGACGGUCCUCCAAGCCCACUUACCACCUCAGAUCGGCUUGCACUUCUCAAGGGACGCAAUGCUGCUUGGGAGUCUCUGAAGUGGGUAGAAUCAAAAGACAUACCGAUGAUGCAGGGACACAUCUGGGAGUUGUACGGUGACGUGUUUGCGCAAUCUAGCACGCCAGAUGUCCUUCACUUCCGUCAACUGCCAUCAACAUACAGAAAAAUUGAAGAAAAAUCUUGGAAUAUGGCGCUGGACAUACAUGUUCGAGACUUUACCAUGGAUCCUGCGCAAGAUCUUCUAGUGCUCAUUGAGCAGCCCCCCACCGUCCUCCUUAACCCCAGCGCCACUACCCGUAGCAUUCGGAUCCAUCUACGUUCCCUCACCACAGGAGACAGCCACAGAUUAGCGCCUCGACCAGCCAUUCUCGUUCAUGACCUUGAUGUGCGGAACGCCCGAGCAACGUACACAUUACAAGUGUGUGGUAAUCUUCUGGGUGUCUUAUUCAUGAGCCCCGAAGAUGCAGACCCCGAACUUACCAUAUGGAACUGGACAACGGGAAAAGUUAUUUUGACACGCUCCAGUUCCGAAAUUGCGACAUUUGCGUUCCUCAGCAGCCGUUUUUUGCUGGUAGGCAGCAUCUUCGACCCCGAGGCUUUAAACAUACAGGCCCGCCUAUACGUGUUUGACCUGACCCAGCCAUCUAACGAAACGUCUGGCCUUGCGGCGGACUGUUUUUGCGCGUUUAUGUGGCCCGAAUUCAAUUUUUGGACCAGCCCAGUGACGUUUUCAAUACGCUCUGAUCCAUCGCCUGUCUGGCAGCCUAAUCCAGAGGCUCGGUUACCCUUCUCAACGGCGCCUGGAGACAGGCUCAUCAUCGUUACAGCUUGCUUGGUGUACAAUGGACAUGUCGCCUAUUACGACAUGUUCGUUUCAGCCGGCACUUUGCUAUCUCAUAUCGCGGCCCUUCCUACAGAAGUCAGCUCCCAUGAAAUCGACUGGGAUGAGUGGGGCCCCACAGGCACACGCUUGAUGCGCUCUCUGUCACACUCUUCCCCCUGGGUAUGCUACGUCUUCGGGACAAAAUUCGUGUCUCUUGUUGCGACCCAGACGUCUCCGCAGACUUUGGAAAUACGGGAUUUCAACCAGCUCGCAUUGAAACGAGAUGCCAAAGUUCAAGAUGGUAUCAUUGAUCAUGUACGCGAUACAACGGUGAUCCGCAGAGUCUUUGCGAACGAAGUCCACACAAGUCUACCCUACCGUGUUAUCCAACGCACCCUACCUCCACGCUCCUCUACGGAACCAUUUUUCGCUGCUGUCAUGUGCAGCGAAGACAACCUCAUUUUGGUGGAUUCUAGCCAACGGCAUCUUCGCAUCCUCACUUUUUGAGUAGUGCAGAUCUUCAGAUCUGAAAAAACCGUUGCGAUUUUCAAAAGACACUUGCCAAAAAGACUUCACGUCGAGGCCCUGGGGCCCACAUUUCCAAUUGCGCGGCAGCCCGCCCACCACAAAUCCUAUAUGUCAGUGAUAUAAGCUAAAAGGAACAUUAAAUUCAAACAGUCAAGGAAUCCGGUCCGUUGGCGUAACUAGUGUUAAUAUCGAGAAACAAGUGUAUAAUACGGAUCACCGCAUUUUGCAAAGCUUCCUGGGAGCCUUCUUAGCGAGGGGGCGGGCCAGUUGCAUGCAUCUACUCCAGCGCCUUCCCAAAAUUUCACAUUCGAAGCGUCAUUCCUUUAUGAAAAUCGGAUUCAUGAUUCCGGGAGAAUCGCAACGGCUUCCUAUGUAGAGGUGGAGAUUAAUUUCCGUAUCUUCAACGCUUUUUCGUCGAACC